AUGUCGGAGCCCGUCGAACUCUACAUGCGCCGGCAGGGGUAUACGCCGUUGCGGAAGAUAGGGAAGGGCUCCUUUGGUGCGGUCUUUUUGUGCAAUCGAGACCUGCAGGAAGUGGUGUGCAAAAUGAUUGACGUCAGUCACAUGAGCACCAAAGAAAGACAGAAGACACUGGAAGAAGGUAGUUGAAAUUUAUUGCUGAUGCGGGAAAAGAAUAUGAAAAUCAAAAUGCAUGAAGGUGGAGAACUUCACAGCGACGAGAUCAUACAACAACGUGAUCAAUCCUCUCCCCCGUAAGUCCGCCUGAAAGUAAGGUUCUAGUUGUAGUGCACACACUUAUUUAAUACCAGCAAGCUGGUCCAGGCGAUCACGUUCGCGACGCAGUAUUGAUCUUCAAAAAUGUUUUCUUCAACAACGAAAAUAAAGGGCGGCUGUUGGCCUCUUUGUCGCACCCGUAUGUUUGCAAGUACCACGGCAGCCAUCUCUCGCACGGUUGGUUUUUACUCGCCAUGGACUACUGCCCCCGCGGUGAUCUCGGAAGGCAUAUCCGGCGGCAGGCGGAGCGCCGGCGGCGGUUCUCCGAAAAACAAGUCGUCUCGUGGCUCACACAGAUCCUUCUCGCCCUGCACUACCUGCACGCAAAAAAACAUAUUCUGCACCGGGAUGUGAAGAGUUCGAACUUCUUCCUCACCGACGACCACUCACUCCGCAUGGGGGAUUUCGGAAGUAAGUAUAGUAAGUAUAGUAUCUAAACAACGUGUACAACUACAACUUUAUUUGUACUUGUUGUCUUUUGCACCUGUCAUCUACCUUCGGACAGGAAAAAGAAAUCAAAAUGAUGACAUCUUUACUGCGUGCUCAAUGUCACUGGCUAAAACUCUCGGUCGUCCCCACGUACGUCUUCACCAAAAAAGUGGGACGAGCGUCGAAGUUCUAGUUGAGCAAUGAGUUUCUUCUACAGGAAGUACUAGUACGGUACAUUUUACAACUACAGGGACGGUACUACAGUCGUGAUCAUGUUGAAGUAGAUGUUGCUCAUAGAUAAGAAAGAAAACUUCCAAAUUAUCACCAGUUUCGAAGUGCUUGGGAUCAACGGUAGACCACGCACGAACACAGAUCGGAACGCCGUACUACAUCUCCCCGGAGAUCUAUGGAUGCGUCAGGUUUGAAAUCAACAAAGUUGAAAUUAUUUGUCAUGCAUAAAAUGGAUGCCAGUUGGGACCCAGUUUCUAAGUGGCGCAUGACAAAUUUUGGCGGUGUCUGAAUCCAGUUUGUAAUGCUGUUUGGGUAAGAGUGACGCCUUUUGUCAUGCUACUUCAGCAGCUCUAUUUCUACCCCUCGCCAGGCUUACAAUCUGCCUCCCUUGCCCACUCUGCAAGACAGGCGCUUUGUGGGUUGCAUUUCAUGCAUCGCAAACUAUUUCAACUUUGACCAUUUCAAUCCUGACACUACCAUAAGAUCUGCGAAAAUAAAGAGUACUCGUUCAGCGCCGACAUCUGGUCGCUCGGUUGUCUCGCCUACGAGUUGAUGGUUCUCAAGGUGCCCUAUGACGCCCCGGUAUGUGAGGGAAACAGAAACGUACUUGCAAGCGGUUUGUGCAGCACUUACACUUUCUAGUUCUAAUGUCAUACGAAUUUCGUCUCGCAUGUGUUCAACGGUGACAGAAUUGCAGGAGCAGUACUACGUUUAGCUGCAAUGAACUUUGUUGUGGUGCUUGCGUCCGCUUUGUAGAUCGUUAGCUUUUCCACCAUACGCUGACGUGCAUGCAUUGUGCCGAAAAAUCCGAGAAUACCCUGCCCCUACGCUACCAGCCACUUUCUCGUCCGACUUGCGGUGCGCCAUCAACCUGAUGUUUUGCAAGGACCCGCGGCGGCGCCCACGAGAUAUGCUGGAUGAGGCUACUUACGCUAAUCUAUUGGCAUUCGCUUGCCAGCCCUGACCAACAGACUCUGCCUUCUACUCUGCUAGUUCAUCGUUGUACUAUUUUUGUCACGUGGGCAUGUGGGUUUCCCUCACUGUUCGGCUCCGUGGUUGUUGAAGAAUAAACGCAAUGCGAUACGAAGCGUCCGAAGAACAACAGGCAGGCUGAGCAGGUUGUAUAUGUAUGUCAAAAGAAGUGUGAUUUUUUUCUCCAGGAUAACAGCCGAAGAAUUGGUACGAGCUAGCGUAACAACGAUUUCAGCAUCGAGCUCUAAUUUGAUUCAAAAGAUUAUUAAGAUGUGGAAUUUAAGUAUAAGAAAAAGUUCCUGGAGGACGAGGUAUUUAGCCGACAAUAAAAAUGGGGAUGCAAAUCCAAAUGCUAAAUAUCGUACGAAAUUUGAAAUUUCGGGUGCCCACGAGCCCCCGUAGCUACAACAACUCGUAGUUCUUGACCCAACGUCCUCUGCCCGUAGCGUCUUGUUGCGUUGAGAACAACGCGAAGGGCCAAACUUUUUGCAGAUUAAAAGUCAACGCCAAGAAGUAAGAGUCAUCAAGAGCAGUCCCAACUCUAGUACUGCCAAAAACAGCUCUCCAGACCAGUUUUCGCCUUGGAGCUGCAGUGGAUGACAGAGCAGAACCUGCCGACAGGCCUGGAUCCCGAGUUGGAGGACCGGAUUCUGAAGAAGGACCGGAAUGCGGCAGCGGAUGAUCAGAUGGAUCGCAGAAGUGGCGGCAACCGCAAUGGAGCCUCCAAGUCAGACUCGGCUACCGGUUGUACCUCCUCCUCGACGACGGCUUCUUCGUCCUCAUCUAGUAGCUCCAAGAACAAACUGGUGCACGCAGUACUAGAGCAGGGGGCAGGAGAUCCACCAGCUUCCUCCGCGGCGGGAUCGGGGGGAGGUUUAAUAUUUCCCACGCCGAGAAAUAAGAGGUGGCACCAGGCGGCCGUGCAUUCCGUCCAGGACAACAAGGAAAAUCAGCGCCCGGCUGCGCAGCUGCCGAGCGCCGGUGGAGCUGCAGCUCCUGGAGGCGCGUCUUCCACACCACGCGGGCCGGUUAGUACACCAGGCAGGGGUGGUCGUCCCCGUGGGUCCGCUGCAGCACCUCCUGCCGGUGGAGUGCCGCCGAUAAAGAUGAACGUGGUAGGUAGAGAAGGUGGUGGCAGUGCCGUUCUUUCGUCGGCGAGCUGUGAGGAUUCUGCUGGUGGAGCCUCGCCUCCGCCAAGUGUGGUCGCGUACCACCAACAUCAAGUCGGGGACCUGUUGGAAUACUGGUCAGACACGCACAGGCAGUGGGUUCGCACCAGAGUCACUGACGUUGACCCGGUCACGAACGACAUCCAAAUCGACGCGAAGCCCGGUAUAUGCACUGCAAAAGUAUCGCACGAGUAUAAACCGCAUGACAAAUUUUUUCCUCAGCUUGAGAAAUGAAAUUUGUAACUCGGACUUGAGAAUAAAGUAAGCACUAAGCAAUUUAAACUUGUAAUUGUAUUGCAAGGAAGAUGCGAUUAGUACAUGCCCGAUACUUUUGCAGAGCAUACGGUUCUUGGCUGGAAGCCGAGGUGCGGCGAACCAAGAUCCGAUCCCCACAAAAAUCCUCGUCGCCCACUCAGCAGUCAGCGAGAUGCCCUGUUUUGGUUGGAGGAGCAGGGCCAGGGGCAGCCCCCAUAGGAGCAAUAAAACCAGCGAACCAGCAGGCAUCGAACAUGAAAAGUCAGUACAGUGCGCAUCGCUCAGUAGUGGUGGCCGGGUAACUACUACAUUCUGCUGUCUUUUGACUCUAGGAAAAUCAAGGCUAGGAUGUUUUUAGUAGGCGUUCAAAAAAAGUUGAUUUGAUAGUAUGUGCUGCUUGCAGCAAAAAGAAAUUUUGCUUGCUGCGAGUUUCUCUCUCUUCAUGGACGAAAUUAUUGGCGAAUACAAAUGCACGCUAGCGAUCCCCGAGGGGCUCGUGUUCAUGGACACUUACCGGCACGAAGGGCGUUGGGACAACGAGGUGGUUCGUAUGUAUCCCUUCGAAUCAAGAACCCUGAGCAGCUAGCACAUUUGUGCCGGCGAGCCUACGUUAUCGCCACGGAACAGUUAUUAUUUACAGUCAUACAUUCGUUGCGGUGUAGUCCUGUUAAAGAGCAUUGUUGAUUCGUAGGUUCUAGUAAAAAGACGCCAGCAUGCUACUUUGCUCAGGGGCGAGUAUGUUUUCAUUCGAUACAGGGCGGUAGCGUCGGGGGCUGGCUCGGUAGCAGCUGCAGCCGUCGGGCCGCCCGUUCCUCCAUGGGCACGGAGGCCUACGCGUCUGAGUCAACACAAUGAUCGGGCAGCCGGUAUACGUGUGACGCCACGGAUUUUUACGCCUCGGUAG